UAUAGUAUAACAGUAGCCUACAGUAUCCGCAUAAAUUGCUUCACGUGUACUCAGCGGUAUCUCUAUUUUCCUAUAUGUCUGCGUACAUAUAUAAGGAAGACGUUAAAUGAUGUCUAAAUGAUAUGUCAUGCUAUUGCGUAGUCGAACUUCUUAAAAAUUUGUUCAGUAUAACAUAUCCUACAUGAGUUGCAAGUACCAUAGUGAAACGAACAAUUUUAUUACUUGCAAACAAUUUUAGGUUAAAUUUUGUAACAAUUAGUAAUGUAUUCUAAUAUGCGUGCAAUUAUUGCAGUAUUUUGUGUAUUCCUCGGCUGUUGCAGCAACGUCGUUUUUUUAGAGCUUCUUGUUAAAGAAGACCCAGGUAGUGGAAAUCUUAUUACAUUUUUACAGUUCCUAUUUAUAUCGGUAGAAGGAUUUUUAUUUACUUCAAAAUGUGGGACCGUAAAACCUAAGAUAGGAAUAAAAGAUUAUUUUUUACUUGUAACAAUGUUUUUUGUUACUAAUGUUUGCAAUAAUUAUGCAUUUAACUUUAAUAUACCUAUGCCAUUACAUAUGAUAUUCAGAGCUGGUUCUCUGAUAGCCAAUAUGAUUAUGGGUAUUAUUAUCUUAAACAAGAAAUAUGCAUUUAGCAAGUAUUUAUCAGUAUUUAUGAUAACUUUUGGAAUUGUCAUCUGUACGAUUGUUAGCAGUAAAGAAAUUAAAUCAUUACAAGCUAAAAAUGUUGAACAAGUACCUACCACUCCAUGGGAUGAUUUCUUCUGGUGGAUAUUGGGUAUAUCGUUACUGACUAUAGCAUUAUUUGUAUCUGCCAGAAUGGGUAUUUAUCAAGAAGUAUUACAUGAAAAAUAUGGAAAAAAUGCAAGGGAAGCAUUGUAUUAUACGCAUCUUUUACCUUUGCCAUUCUUCUUAACUUUGGCUCCUAAUAUUUGGGAACACUUGACAUAUGCCCUUGCAUCAGAUACAAUGCAUGUGCCAGUUAUUAACUUAGGUGUACCAAAAUUAAUUGUAUAUCUUGUAGGAAAUAUUCUUACACAAUACAUGUGCAUUAGUUCUGUUUUUGUAUUAAUAACAGAAUGCACAUCCCUUACUGUAACUUUAGUAAUAACAUUAAGGAAGUUUUUGUCCUUGAUCUUCUCAAUAAUAUAUUUCAAAAAUCCUUUCACAAUCUAUCAUUGGAUUGGUACCAUUUUGGUGUUUGCAGGGACUGUGAUAUUCACGGAACUAGUACCAAAGAUUGUAGAUAGUUUGAAAUCAACACAGAAAACUAAGAAAGUACAAUAAUAAACAUCAUUGAAUAAACAAACAAAAUGUUAUGUACUAUUAAUCCAGUAUAAAUAAAUAGAAAAUGUAAGUAUUCUUUUACUCAUCAGAAUUACAAGAACUACAUGGUCUUUUCUAUAUAUAUUUUUUUGUUUGUACAUUGUACAAUAUUUUAAUAAAUAGACGUUUUUCUCAGGAAAUACAUUAUACUAUAAACUAAUUUUG